AUGGCCUACGUCGUCCCUAUCCACAGCGCCAGCAGCAUCCGCCACGCCCUCAGAGCCAGAUUUAUCAGUCCAGACGAGGACUGUCUUGUUGUCGCGUCAGUCCCCUCCUUCUCCACGCCCUCUCUCGACUGCACCCGGCUAACAAGUCCUAGGAAAGCAAACCGGCUCGAGCUUUACACUCAAUCAGCCGACGGCCUCAUCCUACAACACUCCAGAGCCAUCUACGGGCGCAUCACUCUCCUCCAGAAGCUGUCACGGCCUACUACUGCCGGCCCGGUGCUGACAGACGUCCUCUUCGUUGGCACAGAUCAGUACGCAUACUUCUCCCUCACCUGGGAUGCCGCCCACGACCAGCUACGCACCGAGCGGAAGUACAUCGAUCUGGCAGAUGGAUCGUUACGGGAAGCACAUAGCGAUGAUAGAUGUCAGAUUGACCCGUCCGGCAGCUUCCUCACUCUCGAAGUGUACGAAGGCGUUGUCUCCGUCAUCCCACUGGCCACCGCAGAUUCGCACAAACGGGCCAAGUCGGCCGCUUCAACUUCAGCUUCUACGGCUCCUACUUCAAAUAGAACAGCUAGGAGAGCCGCUACAAACUCUCAGGGCAAGGUCAGGCUCAAGCUGCGGGACCUUAAGCAUACCCAUGCAGUCGUUACUGGCGAUGGGGGGAGCGCAGCUGAACUAAAGGAUGUCACCACUCUCUCGGAUGAGCUGGAUCUCGGUGCUAGCAUCCUUAUUCCUGUUCCGCGUCCGCUAGGCGGCCUACUGAUCAUUGGAGAGUCGUCAAUCAAAUAUGUGGACGUCUCCAGGAACGAAACAAUUUCAAGGCCCCUGGCUGAGUCCACCGUAUUUGUGGCCUGGGAGCAAGUCGACGGUCAACGGUGGCUGCUAGCAGACGAUUACGGCCGCCUCUUCUUCCUCAUGCUUGUUCUCGACGCUGACAAUGCCGUCGAAUCAUGGAAGGUCGACCUCCUUGGCACCACUCGCGAGUUCUCAUCCGGCCAAACACGAAUCGUCACCGGCUCAGGUGCAUUUGGCGAUGGUAGCCUGCGCAGUGUCCGCAGCGGUGUUGGAAUAGAAGAUCUCGGUGUUCUUGCCAGCAUGGAACAUAUCACCGACCUCUGGGGAUUACGUUCUGCUUGUCCUGAGCCCUUUUAUGAUACCCUUCUCGUCUCCUUUGUCAACGAGACUCGAGUAUUUCACUUCUCUCCGGAUGGCGAGGUAGAGGAGAAGGAAGACGACUUUCUUGGUUUAGUCUUCUCUCGAAGUACCCUGCUAGCUACUAAUAUACCUGAAAACCGCAUCCUCCAGGUGACCGAGAGCACAGCUAAAGUGAUAGAUCUUGAUAGUGGCAUGGUUAUCUGGCAGUCUUCCCAUAAUGAAUCCAUCACCUCCGCCUCGGCAAAUGAUGACUAUCUCGUCCUCGUCCUCGGAGGCAUCCGUCUUGUAUGCAUAUCCCUCUCAACCUUCGAGCAGGUCGGGAGCAGAGACUUUGAAGUAGACAAUCAGGUCUCUGGCAUGACCAUCCCUGCCUCCCCAAUACAAGCAUGCAUUGUAUGUCUCCCGCAGUCUGCUGAGAUCGUCAUUUUAGACCUUCCUGGCCUCGAAGUAAAGAACAAGCAAGCACUAGGCGAGCCUGGUGAAGCAAUCCCACGAUCUGUCAUUGUGGCAGAGAUACUUGCUGGCAAACCGCCUACCUUGUUCGUUUCAAUGGCUGACGGAACCGUCUUCUCUUUUUCUUUCGACAUUAAUACCUUUACCAUCUCUGGGUCUAGCAAGAUUACGCUGGGAUCUGAGCAGCCCUCGUUCAAGAAACUUCCACGUGGUAAUGGGCAAUACAACGUUUUCGCAACAUGCGAUCACCCGAGCCUGAUACAUGCAUCGGAAGGAAGAAUUGUAUAUUCAGCAGUCGAUUCGGCCAGCUCCAGCCGUAUCUGCAGUCUCAACACCCAGGCUUACCCAGGCUCAAUCGCGCUGUCAAACCAGAAUGAGCUGAAGAUAGCGCUUGUGGACGAAGAGCGCACCACCCAAAUCCAUACCUUGCCCAUGCACGCCAGCGUCAGGCGUCUGGCUUACUCUCCCUUGGAAAAGGCAUUUGGUCUAGGAACAGUAAAGCGAACGAUUUCCAAUGGAGUCGAAGAAGUAAGCAGCUCGUUUGUAUUGGCAGACGAGAUACACUUCCGGCCACUAAGCACCUACGACCUGCGCCCAGACGAACUGGUUGAGUGUGUUAUUCGGUCUCAGGUAAAUUGUGGUAAAGACGAGGUAGGCAAUCUGAUGUCCAAAGACUUGUUCUUUGUCGGAACAGCCUUCUUGGAUGAUGUAGGCGACGACCAUAUCCGUGGCCGUAUCCUUAUCUUCGAAGUGAACAAGUCUCGAGAGCUGUCUUUGAUUGUUGACAAGUCUCUCAUGGGAGCUUGUCGUACCCUCGCCGUAAUGGAUCCUAGCCUGCUAGUGGCCGGUUUAGUCAAGUCGGUCUCUGUGUUCAAACUGGCACGCGACAGAUUUGGAAACAUUUUUCUUGAAAAGCAUACUGCAUAUCGAACAUCUACCGCACCAAUCGAUAUAUCUGUAACUGGCGACACAGUUGCAGUAGCAGAUGUGAUGAAAAGCAUGUCCCUGGUACAGUACACUCCGGCUGAGAAAGAUGAACAAGAACCCAAAUUUGAGGAGAUAGCACGGCACUAUCAGACUCUUUGGAGUACGGCUGUGACUCUUAUUGAAGAACACGUCUACCUUCUUGCCGACGCGGAGGGCAAUCUAGUGGUUCUACAGCAAAACACAACCGGUGUAACGGAGUCAGAUAGAAAACGAUUGCAACCUACCAGUGAAAUCCGGCUAGGCGAGAUGGUCAAUCGAAUCCAUCCAAUAACUGUGCAAACACAUACAGAAACAGCCGUUUCUGCACGAGCGCUACUAGCAACUGUUGAUGGCUCCAUUUACCUCUUCGGCCUUAUCAACCCAGCCUACAUAGACCUCCUACUCCGGUUGCAGACAGCCAUGGCCAGCAUCACCGUAAGCCCGGGAGAAAUACCGUUCUCCAAAUACCGGGCGUUCAGAACUACGGUGCGCCAAUCCGACGAGCCUUUCAGGUUCGUGGACGGAGAGCUCAUCGAGCGUUUCCUUUCAUGCACGCCUACCAUGCAGGAGGAGAUAGCCAACAGGCUCGACGAUAGCAAUGUUACCGUGUCUUCAUUGAAGGAAAUGAUUGAAGAACUGAGAAGGAUGCAUUAG